AUGCCUCAAUGUAAACAUUGUCAUUAUGUCAUGCUUGAUAAUAUUGUAACUUCAGUUGAAAAUAAAGUUACUGCUAAUGAAGUGUUGGAAAAUAUUGUUAAUUUAGUUGAAAAUCAAAUAACAGCUACUGAAGUGUUAGAAAAUAUUGUUAAUUCAGCUGAAGAUCAGAUAACAACUGAAGAAGUGAUAGAAAAUAUUGUUAACACAGUCGAAGAUAAAGAAAUGGCAACAGAAGUGUUAGAAAACAUCGUUAAGUCAGUGGAUGAUUGUGUGACAUCGUCUGAAGUGGUAGAAAGUGUUAUCAGUUCAGUUGAAAAUGAAGUAAUGGCUGCCAAAACAUUAGAAAAUAUAAUUACUUCAGUAGAGGAUCAAGUUACAACAGCAACAG